CUGGCUCUCCGCGGAGUAAGUAGCGCGGUGUUUCGCUGCUCAGUAUAUAAUGAGCAGGGCGACAGAGAGGAGCCGCGGGUCAGUUUGGCCGUAUGAUAUAUUAUAAUACUCCCAGAAUACCGCGCUACCUGUCUGCGGAAUAAUUAUAUUAGCGAACUUUCAGGCGUUGUAUCGCAAUAAUCGUUUUCUUAAUUUUGGGACACCAUGGCGUCAGUAGUGUGCCGAGUCCAGUUCCUGGACGAUAUGGACCCUUUUGUUUGCACCAAUUUGCCUGAGCCCAGGAGACCGCCACCUUACACUCUGUAUGAAGACAUUUCCCUAAUUGAGCAGGUGGCGGGUGUGCAUAAGCUGCUGGGAGCUCCUUUAAAAUUGGAAGACUGUGCUCUGCAGUUAUCUCCGAGUGGAAACUAUAUGGAUUUGGAUUUGACACUUUCAGAACAGAAGGAUGACCUGGAACAGUUCUAUGAAGAUAUUAGCAAGGGGAAGAAGCCCGUGCUGAUCCUGCGGACCAAGCUGUCUGUUCGAGUUCAUGCCAUACUAGAAAAACUGUUCAACUCUCAUGGGCCCGAACUGAGACGAUCCCUCUUCUCUCUGAAGCAGUUAUUUCAGGAUGAUAAAGACCUGGUCCCGGAGUUUGUGAUUUCAGAGGGGCUGACAUGUCUCGUUAAAGUCGGAGCCGAGGCGGAUCAGAACUACCAGAAUUACAUCCUGAGAGCUCUCAGUCAGAUCAUGCUCUUCGUGGAUGGAAUGAAUGGUGUGAUUAACCACAGUGAGACUCUCCAGUGGCUUUACACUCUCACUGGCAGCAUGCACCGUCUGGUUGUGAAGACUGCUCUGAAGUUGCUCAUUGUGUUUGUGGAGUACACAGAGUCCAAUGCUCAGCUUCUCAUUCAGGCUGUCAGCACGGUCAGCAGGCAGAGAGACACCAAGCCGUGGUCCUGUCUAAUUGAAAUACUGGAAGAGAAGAAUGGAGCUGACUUGGAGCUGCUUGUAUUCACAAUGACACUAAUAAACAAGACACUGGCAGCUCUACCAGAUCAGGACUCAUUCUACGAUCUCACUGACUGUCUGGAAACACAAGGCAUGGAGACUGUCAUCCACAGACACAUGAACAACAAAGGAACCGAUUCAGACCUGAAGCACCAGUUCACUUUAUAUGAGAAUGCCUUGAGGUUUGAGGAUGGCGAGCUGGACGGGGCCCUGCCCAGUGUGCAGAGGGACCGAAGGAAGUUGGCGCCGAGCGCUGAAGAAGGCCGGAAGAGCAGGCGAAGUUCAGGACAGAACAUGACAGAGGCAGCGUUCGCCUCCACAACCCCGUCCUCCUGUGCCUCCCCCAGCCCCACCCUGGAGAGCAGCCUGCCCAGUUUGAACCGUUCCCACAGGACCCCCCUGCCCAGCGACAGGGCUUCCAGGUCCCAGGACUCAGGAUCCCAGAGCUCAUCUCCUGCGCUCUCUCCAGUCUCUGGGUCUCCCAUCGCAUCCAGCAACGGCAUUCAUUUCCCUGCCGCAGAGCUCCAGCAGAGCGAGGGGCCCCCCAGCACAUCAUCUUCUCACUGCCCUGGUCCUUUCGCUAGGGGGCGCUCAUUCAUCAGUCAUUAUGUGCCACCUCUGGGCAUUGGGAGAAGGUCUAGACUCUCUAGCGGUCAGUCGGUGUCCGGGGAAGCAUCUGCCACCUCUGCCAGCCCUGCUUUCCAGGACUCCUCUCCCAAUGGGAGCCAGUCGGAUCUGCACUGCACUCUGCCGGUGUCGGAGAAGGAGGGCACAACUUCUGAAAGAGGCAUUUUCAAACUGCAUCAAACUGAUUCUGCUUGGACAGAGGAGGUUUGUUCUGUAAAUACGGAUAAACCUGUCCUAAGAAAGUUUGAAAGUCGCUUUUUGCAAAGCCUCGCUGCUACCCAAAAGGAGAAGGACAAGAAAAGGUUGUCGCUCAGUAAAGGGAGGCUGGAUACUUUGUCUUCUCAAGAAGUAUCGUCAUCCCCAGACAUUGUUGUCACCACCCCAAAGGGCCGCGAAUCGCCAAGCUGUUUUAAAGAAGACGGGGAGCAUCUGAGUGCGAAGGAGCGGCAGAGGGAGGCGGCAAGCGAGGAGGAGCCAUGCUCAGCCUCCUCCUCUUCAGCCAGCAGCACCCUGGAACGAGAGGACAAGACAGGCGACAGGCAGGCGGCGCAUAAUGAUCCAGGUCAAAGCCUCCUUCGGCAGAGCAGUCUGGAGCAGCACAGCACCCUUUCCAGCGACAGGAAGUUCAUGCUCGACAUGCUGUACUCCAGGAACAAAGCUGGGGCCCUGAAGACACCCCAGGAGGCAGAGAAGGUCAGGGAGCAAGAGGAGGUGCAGGAAGGAGAGAAGGAGGAGGAGGAGGAGAAGGAACCAAGAGAGGGUCAGAAGCCCUCCAGCAAGGCCCGUCUGGCCAGCCGCAUCUCUGACCUGGAGCCCCCCUACAAGUGGAGCGAGGAGAGCCAUCAGAGACCGGAGAUGGAGAGCAUGGUGGGGAGUGUGGCCCCGCAGGAAGACUCCUGUCGGCUCCGCUCCGCCGCAGCGUCCGUCGUGCCUCGGGGUGGAGGUGGGGGUCCGGACCCGUUGUCACCCCCCUUAAAGACUGAGGACAGUGCCUUCGCCAAGAAGAGGAAGACUGUGAAGCUCUUCUGGAAGGAGCUGAAGCAGUCGGAAAGCCCCAGGAAAUGCACGUUCGGCAGGGGCACAGUGUGGGCCUCCCUGGACAAGGUGACUGUGGACACUGCCAAGCUAGAGCACCUGUUUGAGUCUAAAGCCAAGGAACUCCCUACUGCUAAGAAAGGAGCUGAAAUUAAAAAGCAGACUGUAGUUGUGCUCGAUCCCAAGAGAAGCAAUGCAAUUAACAUCGGGAUGACAGUGCUGCCUCCAGCUCACAUCAUCAAGACGGCCGUUCUCAACUUCGAUGAAUUCGCAAUUAACAAGGAAGGCAUUGAGAAAAUCCUGACCAUGGUCCCGACGGACGAGGAGAAGCAGAUGAUCCAGGAAGCUCAGCUGGCCCACCCUGACGUUCCUCUGGGAACCGCUGAGCAGUUCCUGCAGAUGCUGUCCUCCAUCAGCGGACUGACCGCCAGGCUGCAGCUGUGGGCUUUUAAACUGGACUAUGAGAGCAUGGAGAAGGAGAUUGCAGAACCAUUGUUUGAUCUGAAGCUGGGAAUGGAGCAGCUUGCAAAGAAUAAAACAUUCAAAAACAUUCUGGCAACGCUGCUUGCAAUUGGAAACUUCCUCAAUUGUUCCAGUGCCAAAGGCUUUGAGCUGAGUUACUUGGAGAAAGUGACCGAGGUUAAAGACACAGUGCACAGGCAAUCCCUGCUCUACCACACCGCUAACUUCGUAGUGGAGAACUUCCCAGAAACAUCAGAUGUGUAUUCUGAGAUCGCAGCCAUCACACGCUCUGCUAAAGUGGAUUUCGACCAGCUGUCAGAAAGCCUGGUUCAGCUGGAGAGGAAGUGCAAGACGUCCUGGGACAACCUGAAGGUGAUCGCCAAGCAUGAGAGCAAACCCUCCCUGAAGAACAAACUGACGGAGUUCCUGAAGGACUGCACAGAGCGGAUCAUCAUCCUGAAAGUGGUGCACCGACGCAUCAUCAACAGGUUUCAUUCAUUCUUGCUGUACCUCGGGCAGCCUUCUCACUCAGUGCGGGACAUGAAGGUGACGCAGUUCUGCAGGAUCAUCAGCGAGUUUGCUCUGGAGUAUCGAAGCACGCGGGAAAGGUCCCUGCAGCAGAGGCAGAAGAGGGCUGCAUACCGAGAGAGGAACAAGACCCGGGGCAAGAUGAUCACAGAGACGGAUAAGUUCUCCAGUGCUGCUGGCCCCCCGGAGAGCAGCCCGGCUCCUGUGUCGGCUCCCAGCUCCCAGCAGCAGCAGGGCCAGGCAGACGAGGAGCAUGAGAACAUGAAGAACCUGCUGAUCCCGAGUGCGGAGCCCAGCGGCACCCGUCGGAGCAGAGGCUACUACAGUUUAGGUAGAACUAGUCCAUCCAAUUCGACAGUGUCAAAGGAGGACAGUUCGGGUUCACAGGAUGAUGCCACUGAUGAAAUCAUGGAUCGUUUGGUUAAGUCUGUUACGCAAAACCCUAACCAGAGACCUUCGACCCCAAAGGAGAGGAAGAGGUCCCGAGCAAACAGGAAGUCGUUGCGGAGGACCCUGAAGAGCGGGCUAACCCCUGAUGUGGCUCAGGCGCUGGGGCUGACCAAUGCCAACGAGGUGUAACUGUGAUUUAGAAGGUGGGGGGGGGGGGUUGCAUGGAAUUAGAACGUGACUUUGCAUUGACGUGGAAGAGUUUAUGGAGCGGAGUCAUUUAACCACUAAAAAAAAAAGGGACAUGGCUUCACAGAGAGGUGUAGUACGUUCUGAAAAGCCGCCAGAAGGCUUUGGAAUAUGAAAAGUGCAAGAAGAUGCUUGAUGGAAGAUGCUUGUCCCAACCUUGACAUCAUUGAAAUUUCCUGAGGUGGGUUGUGAACAAAAUAAUAGGGCUCCGAAAAGCAUCAAAAUACAGGUUAUUGCACUGAAGUGUUUGUGGGUAAUAGAAUAAUCCCAUUCUGUGUUUUGCAGCCAGAAGUGUGAGGUAAAAAUACCUCUUAAAUUAAACGGCAUAUGUUUUCCUUGAAAGGAAUCCAAACGUUCAAAUGAAUGCCUUUGCUAUAACAUGUGGUAUUCACAUUUGAGACCUACAUGGCAAAUGGAAGUUCAGGGUGGGGAAGAUCACUGUAAAUACAUGUCAGGGAUGGAAAUAAGACUCCUGCUGCAUAGCAGCUUGACCCAUUCCUGAUUUUACUAUGAGCUUGUUAACUAUA